GCAGCAGCCUCCUCGCUGUCCUCAUCCACAGACAUGAUGUCUCGGUGUCUCCCGGUACUGCUGCUGGUGGCUCUGGCCUGCCUGGCCCGGUUCGGCUCGGCUCAGCCCGCCGACACCCGGGCCGAGCUGAAGAAGGCACAGGCCGUCCUGGAAGAGCUGAAGGCCGAGAAGCGAGCAAUGACCGAGCGUUUGGAUGUGGCUGAGAGGCAGCUAAAGAGUGUCAGAGAUACACCUAAAGUUGCGUUCGCUGCCUCGCUCGGAGGAAACGGCCUCGUGAAGACGACGUCUGGAAACAAAGAUCUUGUCUACAAGGACGUCCUGACCAACGUGGGUGGAGCGUACAACAAAGACACAGGUGAAUUCACUGCACCAAUUCGUGGAGUCUACUACAUCCGCUUCACUGCCAACGCCCCCACCGACUUCACCAUGAGUGCUGUGCUCUACAAAAACGACGCACAGGUCCAGCUGAUCACCCACGAGCAGCCGUCCGGUCAGGGCAGCGACACGGCGUCCAACGGCGCCACCUUCAUGCUGGAGAAGGGCGACAAGCUGAAGAUGGUGCUGUGGGAAAACACUCAGAUCUGGGACAACAGCAACCACCACAGCACCUUCAGUGGCUUCCUGCUCUUCCCCAUGGUGGACGAACGGCCGGCAGACCUCACCGUUGAAGACGAGCUGAAGGAACUUCAGGAGUCGCUGACGCAGCUUCAGACUGAAAACUCCGGUGUCAAAGAGAGGCUGGACGCCACAGAGAAGGAGCUGAAGGCAAUCAGAGAUGUACCGAAGGUGGCGUUUGCAGCUUCUCUUGGAGGUGACGGCCUUCAGAAGACGACGUCUGGACAAGUCAACCUCAUCUACAAAGACGUCCUGACCAACAUCGGACAGGCGUACAACUCUGAGACAGGUGUGUUCACAGCACCUGUUAAUGGAGUCUACUACAUCCGCUUCACCACCAACGCCCCCACCGACUUCCCCAUGAGCGCCGUGCUCUACAAAAACGGCUCACAGAUCCAGCUGAUCACCCACGAGCAGCAGUCCGGCGAGGGCAGUGACACGGCGUCCAACGGCGCCGCCCUGCAGCUGCAGGCGGGCGACAGACUGUCCCUGAAACUGUGGCACAACACUCAGAUCUGGGACAACAGCAACCACCACAGCACCUUCAGCGGCUUCCUGAUCUUUCCCAUGUGAGGAUGAAGCUUCGGCUGCACCCAGACCAAAGUCUGACGGAUAAGAAAAAAAUCAACAAUAAAAACUGAAACAUCA